GGGGCCGGAUUGCGGGGGGAACGGAAAGCUCCGGGCCCGGGUUUCCCGGCGUCCCGGUGCCAUCCGGAGGGAAGAGUUUAAGCGGCAGCAACCUCAGGAGGGAUGAGGAAGGUGGAGGUGCAGUCGCUGCUUUUCCAGGUGGAGGUUACAUGUCUGGUGCCGUUUGUCCCCCCCAUCGAGGCAACGUGAACUCUUCCCUGGGGAGAGCUGGCGGGGGAAUCCGGCGUGCACAGCGGUCCGAGCCCCGUCUCUGCUGCAGGCUGUGCGUUUCAUAAAUCAGCAGCUACAUUUUCACUUGUCUGUGUUGCAGUUAAUGUUACAAGAGGGACCUGUGGGAUUUAAGAAUAUCUCUUCUAAGAAAAUUUGCUGCUUCUCUACAGCCUUCCACAUUAGUAUGCAAUUGAUGAUUUCACUUGAAAUUCCUAUUUGAAGAAACUAACAGGAGGCGAGGUGUAAUUACUUUUUAAAAAUGUUAAAAGUUCAGCAGUGUGUAACAGCUGACAGGAUACCCAAGAAAAAGCCAUAUAUUUGUGACAUUUGCUAUAAACAGUUUGAAACUCCAUCAAAAUUAGCUAGGCAUUAUCUGAUACAUACUGGUCAAAAGCCAUUUGAAUGUCAUGUAUGCCAUAAAACAUUUAGGCAGCUAGUCCACCUGGAGAGGCAUCAGUUAACACAUAAUCUGCCUUUUAAGUGUAUUGUUUGUCACAGAAACUUUAAAAACUUAGUAACUUUGCUAAAGCAUCAGCAGCUUCAUAAUGAAAAUCACCAGAAUGAUACCAAGCAAGCAGAAAACACUAUGAAUUUUCAGCAAGACAGGGUCACUUAUGGCGUAUUUCGGUGUCUUAUGUGCUGGAAAUCUUUUACAACUGAAGAGAUGUGGAUGUUGCAUCGGUGCCUGAAGGCAGAUCAUCUACGUGGUGCCAGAAGGAUAAAGAAAACCCAUGCUUGUGAAUCGUGUAACAAGACAUUUCCAUCAAGAUCUAAGCUAGAAAGACACUUCCUGAUUCACACCGGCCAGAAACCUUUUAAGUGUUCUUCAUGCGGUAAAUCUUUCAGACAGUCAACACACUUGAAAAUCCAUCAGCUCACACACACAGAAGAAAGGCCUUUUCAGUGCUGCUUUUGUCAGAAAGGGUUUAAAAUACAGAGCAAGCUCAUGAAGCACAAACAGCUCCAUGCCAGAAAUAAGGCCUUCCCCAAUAUUUUAUACAAAGCAAAGACUCUUAAAUAUCCCAGACCACAGAACCUGUUGGAAGGAAAGAGGGAUGAUUUUGAGAAUGCUGACACUUUUGAGUCGCAGGAGAAUGACCCACAUGAUGUUCAUUCAAUUUAUAUUGUACCCUUUCAGUGCCCAGCAUGUGAGCAGUGUUUUGAAACAGAGCAGGUCCUAAAUUUGCACAAAUGUUAUCCGAGAGAUGGCAAAAGUUCAAGUAAUGGUACAACAGCAUGCAGCCGCACAGUCAGCAUGAAAAAUAAGAUCCUGAUGAGGCUGAAGCGUACCGGAAGAAAGGCAACAGAUUUUUCUCUGACUGACAGGAAAAAAAUAAAAUCAGGUCACUUUAAAAGCCCUGACCUGCUUGCAGCUAGAGAUCAGCAUUCUGAUCAGCAUGCUUCCACUAAACCUUUCAAGGAUUGCCAUGGCAAGCUUGACAUGCACAAGGCACUUGGUAAUCGGAUGAAAAGGGUGUUUGCUGUGCCAUUACCUUGGCAAGAGCACCCACAACCUCUUGACUUUGGAAAUAAUUUAAAAGGUAUGCUCGCUGGUGAAAGCAUGUUAAAUGUCGGUGAUUCACUGCAUACUAAAGAUGACGCUUUUUAUGGUUCACCAGAUGAUGGUUCCUUUGAUAAUCCAGAAGUACUUCAGUGUGCUUUUUCAGCUUCUGCUAAAAAUAUACAUAACAGACACAAAGUGUGUAAAUGUGACAGAUGUGAAAAAAUCUUUCCCUCUUCAUCCAAACUUCAAAGACAUUAUCUUAUACACACGGGACAAAAGCCCUUUGGCUGUAAUGUUUGUGGGAAGACAUUUAGACAGUCAGCUCACUUAAAAAGACAUCAGCUCACCCAUACUGAAAAGAGACUGUAUAAAAGCCCCGUUUGCCAGGUAGAAUUUGAAAACCUGAACAAACUUUUCAAUCAUCUGGGAGAUCACAUUGAAUUUAGGUCUUCUCAGCCUGUGGGUUAUUCUCAAACACCUUCACAGGCAUCUGGCUUUCAGGAAUUUGAGCUGAUUCAGUCAAACCAAGCAGCUGAAAUCAAAGUUGAAAUUGAGUCAGGGGACUUCGUUCCUGACACCAGCAGUAGAAACACGCAGCCCUAUUUGUGUAGUAAAUUGUUGGAAACAGAGCAAAACUGUUACAGCUAUUGGCAUGAUUUUUCUGAAGGUAGUGAAAAAAGUGACGUUGUUAACAAAUUGUAUCAAUGUAGUAUCUGCUUUAAAACUUUCAAAUCACCUUCUAAACUUGAAAGACAUUACUUAAUGCAUGCUGGACAGAAGCCAUUUGAAUGUUUAGUUUGUGGUAAAAAAUUCAGACAGGCCCCACAUUUGAAAAGACAUCACCUUAUUCACUUUAAAGAGAGCUUAAAGCUGAGUUCUGCUGAGGAACAACCAGAGAAUUUAUUGCUUUUAUCAAAACUAGAUAAUGACCUAUGAAAUUAUAUGUUCAGACUUCUGCAUUAUUAUUAUUAUUAAAAGGUUUAUGUUAGACUGAACAAUUGACUGGAGGGGAUUAUAUUUUUAUCUUAAUGGCAUAACCUGGUGAAAAGUUAAUUACUGUCUUCAGAACUAUCUACUUGAUAUAAUUUGUGACAAAUGUGAGAUAUUUAAAACAAAAAAAUGCAAAAAAAGCUACUUGCCAUUUCUUUUCCUAAAUUAAUUUAUAAAUACACAUUCUCACUCCAUUAAAAAUGUUGCAGCAAUCUGCAGCACUCCAGGAAUCAGAUAUUUUAAGUUACACCUUUUCCCAUAUAGUAUUUUAUUACGUUACGCUGUCUAAUGAUAACUAUCAGAAAAGCAGAGAGAAAAAGGUAAUUCCCAGCAUAUAGAGAAAACAGUCCUUUUACUUUCUUCUGGUUCCCUAUAUGUUGCACACAAAGGCCACUUGCUUCAUUUCAUACUUCUCUAAAAAAAUAAGUGUUAUUUUUAUAUAAAAGAUACAAAAAAAGAAGUAGAAAAAGGGGAAAAAGUUUGAGGAAAAAAUGUUGAUGUGGCAUUAUAGAACAGAUAAUAGAAAAAAUUUAACUGCUUUGAAAUGUUCUUGGAGAUCUAUGGAUAAGGAAUUAGGUCUUUCUCCUUUUUAUGCUAAAAUAUUCAUGUAAGUAGACAAUGCUAAAAUAGGGUUUACAAUCAAUCCAUUUCGCCACUUUAUUAUCUUUACUUCUUUUUAUAUCCCUUGCCUUUUUGAGGUUUUUUUGGCCAAUUCAUAGAAUACUGAACUAUUUUUCUACAAGAAAAGAGAACAAGAAAUCAUCAUUACCGUUACAAAUGUGCUUACUAUCUGUUCCAGGUCACUUUUCUUUCUAGUGUACAUAUUGCACCAGUAAAAGAAACGUUCUCUAAGAUGUGGUAAUAACUCAGACGAGCAGUUUUAGAAAGUCAUGCUCCUGCUUCAUUAAAUAUAAGACACUGAAAAUCACUUUUAGCUCAAAUUAAGUAAUUCUAAUUUUGUAUUAAUAGAAUCUGUAGUUAUACUUUCUGGUAAGUAGAGAGCUUUGACCCUUGUGCCUGUGAGGCUGGCAAAAAGUGUAAGUGCAGUGGAGCUUUAUUCAUUAUGAACAAGAAUUAAGUUUCAGGGGUUUUUUCCUCUGCAAAAAACUACUCUUUAGGAUAUUUUCCUUUGUUAUGCAACAUCUGAAUAUUUGAAACCUGAAGUUUUAAAUCAUAUUUCUGAAUUAACAUAUGUGUAAGAUAUCACAUGUUCUUUUAACUAUUUAAAUAGAUAUGUAUUUAUUAAAGUAAAAUGGUUUUGAUUUUUUUUUUUUAUGUGGUUUAUCUAGGUUUUGCUGUGGCAUGAGCUUUGCAGUAUUUGGUGUAAAUGAAGGGAGUUUCUAUUUUCACACAUUACUCUUUCUCAUUUUCAGAGAGAAUAAAACUAGGAAAGAUAUUCAGAAACAGUCCAUAGUUACUAUGACCUUUGUAUGACAGAAUAAUUCAAUAUGUUAAUAAUGACUAUAGUUAUAUAUUGAGAUUUUUUUUCUCCCUAUGUGAAUUGUUUCAUAUUGAAAGACAGAAUAUUUUAUAAAAUGUAUGGAAAGUGUAUUUUAGAGCCCUUUUGAAAUAUUUGUAAUAAACUAUUUUAUUUAUAUGGUA